GCGAGUUGUUAGUGCAACGUUUUCAUGGGUAGCUCUGUUCUCAGUGGAAAUGAAUGAUAUUUUCUAGAUGUACGUUCCUGCCUAUUGGGCUGUGAAAUGCGUUUGUUAUCCACACUGAGCGCAGAAGCACAGCAGAGGGAUUUCUGCUGCAGGAAACCGCAGCUGCUGCCCUUCUGCACCGUAUGCACAGGUAACGUCAGAACAGAGACACAUUCGUGUAUUUGGUGACAGACGGUCUUCGUCUAAGCCGCAGCUUUGUUCUUGAGGUGGAAUAUCUGCAUUACAGCGUCGGAUAUUUGCAUGAGAGGUCACAUUCUGCUCGGUUUGGUAUACUUUUAUUAAAAGGGCAGAAGAAGCGAAUGUGGACUCUUGCACCGAGCUAAGGGGAUAGCUGACAGCAUGGCCGCGAUGCUGGCAUUUGGAGCCAGAGGACUCCUGGUCAACCUGAGGUCCACUCUGCAAAGAGCGGGCUGCUAUGCCAGAUGCAGGCUCGUGCAUAACCAGCGGACACGUUUGAUCAAAAGAGGACAGAUUCUUACUCACAUACCCAAGGUCGCGCUGCUGUGUUGGGGUGCUGUCAGUGCUUCAUCCUUUGCAGCCAAGUGCCAGGAAGCAACUCUUCCACCUAAGGCAGCAGACAGGAAGUCCCUUGCAAAAGUCCAAGUCCACAAAGUGGUAUUCUUUCUUCGUCUCAGCCUUCGUGCUUUGGUUCUUCUCUGCAAGUUUGGUCCCCUUCUUCUCCUUUACCCCUUAGCCCUGAUGUCCACCCACUGUGCGUCUUACUGGUUGAAGGCCCUGCUGUGGGUGACCGAGACCUCGGGUCCCACUUUCAUCAAGCUGGGACAGUGGGCCAGCACCAGGCGGGACAUCUUCUCUCGAGAGUUUUGCGAAUGCUUCUCCAGGCUCCACGUCAAGGUGAGCCCUCACCCCUGGGCCCACACCAAGAAGUGCCUCCGCGCGGCCUUUGGUGAGGCCUGGAGAAGAGUGUUGGUGUUUGACAGCAAAGAGCCUGUGGGUUCGGGGUGUGUUGCCCAGGUGUACAGAGGCUGGGCCAGGGUCGGCCAGGUGGAGGACCCGUCUUUCCAGUCGAUUGUAGAAGAGAUGGAGAGAGAAGACCUGCUGGAAGCCUGGGAGAUCCCCGGCCUCGGCGGUGUGGGUGGCGUUCUGCAGCAGGCUGGGGAGAGCAGCAACGAGAAGGAGCGCCUGAUACCUGUGGCAAUCAAGGUGGUCCAUCCAGGCGUCAGGAGGCAGGUAGAGAUAGACUUGCUGCUGAUGAAAGCAGGCGGCUGGCUCCUGCACUGCCUGCCCGGACUCAAGUGGCUCAGUCUGUGUGAAGUCGUCGAGGAGUUUGAGAAGCUAAUGACCAAACAGAUCGAUCUUCGCUUCGAGGCCAGAAACAUCGAGCGUUUCCAAGAAAACUUCCGAGACAUCAGGUUCCCGACUCCGCUGCGACCGUUUGUCACCAGGAACAUUUUAGUGGAAACCUUUGAGGAGAGUGAGCCCAUUUCGAACUACCUGAGCUCUGAGAUUCCUCAGGAGGUGAAGCAGAGAAUAGCCAGAAUGGGAGUUGACACCCUGCUGAAAAUGGUGUUUGUGGACAACUUUGUCCACGGGGAUCUGCAUCCCGGCAACAUUCUGGUCCAAUAUCCGAAGUCUCUCGCUGGUUCCAGCAACGCAGUUGGCGCCACGGGCGACCACCUCGGAAAGACCACCCUCACGGACUUGUUGGACACGGUGGUGGUCAGCGUCAGACCGGGCCCGUGUCCUCUGCAGCUGGUGCUGCUGGACGCCGGCAUCGUGGCUCAGCUCAGCGACCACGACCUCGCCAACUUUAAGGCCGUCUUCACGGCGGUGGUGCUGCGCAAGGGCGACAGGGUGGCGGAGUUGAUUUUGCACCAUGCCCGAGCCAACGAGUGCAAAGAUGUGGCGCUUUUUAAGAAGGAGAUGGCCGAGUUGGUGGAUCAUGCCGUCAGCAACACCCUCUCUCUGGGAAAGAUUCGAGUAGCUGAUUUGCUCUCUAAGGUGUUUGGCUUACUCAUCAAGCACAAGGUGAAGCUGGAGAGUAACUUUGCGUCCAUUGUGUUUGCCAUCAUGGUGCUGGAGGGGCUGGGAAGGUCGCUCGAUCCCGACCUGGACAUCCUGGAUUUGGCCAAACCCCUGCUGCUGAAGAACUGCGCGUCGCUGCUCUGACGCGCACGCGCUCCCCGUCAGCAGACGCAGCUGUGACAGGGAGACGGGCAGCUGUGCAGUUAGUAGGUGAAUUUGCAGGUACUAUGUUUCUACAAUACAUCCUCUUAGUACCGUUUCAGUGGGUUUUCUUCAGAAUUGCAAUGCAACGUUCCCCGGUAGAUCCCGAGAUCAUUUCAUUAUAUUCCAGCAGAGUCCAGGACGUCAAUGCCUCACGGUGGUGUCUUUUAUUUUUUUAGUGGCUGCAACAACUUUGAUUCCUUUUGUUUACGCUUUGUCUCCUGCAGUCUGUAUUAAGUGGGAGCUUUUCAUACAUCGACAUGAACUUUAAAAGCACACUCACUGAUGAGAGUUGAUACAUUUUACAGAAAUAGUUUACUAAUCAGUGAGUCAGACGCAUGAUGUAAUCGGAGGGCAUUUCAGUAACUAUGUAAGAUGAAAUGACAGAAUCCUAAAAGAAACCCAAGCUGCUUCUCAGUUACCUGGUUUUCUUUUAAAUUGGUGCCUUGCUCAAGUAUUCCUGUCCCUUAAAACACUUCUUCCCCCCAUGUUAAAACCACAGACCUUUUUGUAUUUAUUUGGAAUUUCGUUAUACCAACCCAACCGAGCGCAGAAUAGUGACCUACAAUCACAAGAUUUAUGUUUUGUUUUGCUUUAAAACGCCCAAAAUGUGAAAGAAAGUGUGGUGUGGAUUUGUAUUCAGUCCUCUUGAGGGAACAUCUUGAGACAAAUGUUUUCCAAUUCUGUGUGACGUAGCAGCCAAAAUGAAUGAAUGAGCAUUGUUUUCAAGUUUCAAAUACAGAAAGGCAUUUUUUUUUUAAAUUCUGUUGACAUGUAUGCACUACUGUAUAUUUGUUGUGGUUGAAAGGGUAUGAAUACUUUUGAAGGCACUGUGUAGAUGUCUUUCAUCCCUGCAGUGUUUAUCUUCUUUUAAUAUUUUAUGGAUUUUGUUUUAGUGUUGAUCACAAAACUGUAAAAUAUGUACUGAUAGCUAACUGUACUCAGUUUUUUAUGUAUUUUGAUUGCCUGUUAUAAGACGUACUCUCUUCCAACAUUCAUGCCAUUAAAAUGUAAUACAAUCUAAUUUUGAUUCUUUUCCUACUUUUGCCUGUGUGGUCUCUAACCGCGACGAUGAACUCCAAACCAAAACAAACGACUACAUUCAAAACAAAAGAAUCCAUUAAUCUACAAUUUAUUAAAUCUGUCAAUGAAAAACAGACAAAACUCAAUUCUGUCGAUGUCAUCAGGAAGAACAGUCAGUAUGGCUGAGCAAUGAAGAUCGAGAGGAUUCGGUGCAAAAAAUUGGGGCGGAGGGGCAAAUGGGGGGGGGAAAAAUCUCAUCACAUACCCUUUAUUGCAAAACAGUUUUUCUUUUCAUCACCAUAAACGGCCCAUAGAGGGCAGCACUGUUCAAGUAAAACGGGAGGGGAGAGGUGUUUUUAUUUCUUAAAAAAAAAAAUCAAUAAUAAUAUUAAUAAUAAUAAUGACAAAACAAAUAAAAACAUCUCUAAUAGACAAACACAAUCACCUCAGUAUAAGACAAUUUUCUGUUACGGUCACAACAACCACAGAGAAGUUGUUUUUUUUUUCCACCCUAUAUUUUUAAUGAAUUAAAUAGUUUUUAAAAAUAUCUCACCAUUUAAUUAUAAUCAUCUUUUUUUUUUUAUUUAUUGCGAAAAAUAGGCAACUGGAUUAAUUCUGAUGAUUCAAGAUUUGUGUGUGUGUGUGUGUGGGAUUAAGUAGACAGAGAUGGAGAAACUUCUCAGAGUGUUGGCACUGAGACGAGCCUUGCAGUACUCCCAUUCUGUCACCAGGUGGCAGCACGAGUCCGUUUGAGCAUUCCUCCCAAGUUUUAGUCGGAGGCAGAAUGUCCGGUUCCUGUUUCUCCGAAGGGGAAGUCAAGUACUGCCAACAACAACCAGUUUUUUGUUGUUGUUAUUUUUCUUUUAUUUUCUUUUGGAAUGAUACUUGGGGUUUUUGUCCACAAAUUUGUCCACAAUCGCUUAUUUGGGUUGCGAAAUCUAGUUCUAUGUACAAAGGUUUCAAAUCCCUGAAAGACAUUUACAAAGACAAGUGCAACCUUCCACGUUACCGCCCCCUUCCUGGAGAGGCUCAGGGAUAGUCGGGGUUCCUCCAGAGGGCAAAAAGACGGGUGGGUCGGCUGGGCUAGUACCAAUCAGAUCUAGUAAACGUGCCAUAGAAAGAGUCAAGAAAAAUUGUUCCUAGGAAUGAAGUCAGAAGAGAAUGUCAAAACCUCGGAGAGAAAAGUGUUGAUCCUUAAUAGGAAGGUGGAGGAGGUCAGCGAUAUUUCCUAAAGAUGAACUGAAACCAGAACCCAUCAUUGGCUCGUCAUAUUCCUUCCUGCCCAUUCAGCAGUCACUCCAUGCAUUUUCAAAAUAAAGUCAUUUAACCCCAAGCAGACUCUUCUCCAGGUUAAUACUGAUUGUUUUGAUUAUAAACCUUUUCUGCAUCAGUGUGAUGUCCUCUUUUCUUCCCCUUGCAGUUCCAGUUCAGGACCGUAGAGGAUGUUAAAAAGCCAUGUUGGGUGAGAUGAGCUUUUCUCUUUUUUUCUUCUAGGACUGGAUCCAUGGAAGAGAGCACGCUGUAAACUGUGACGUCUGAUGUUGGUACUCCUUUAAG